UUCCUUCUUCUCGCUGUUAUCAGCGGCGGCGGGGCUUCCAGUGCUUCACUCUCCGGAAUCCUGCGGCCACCCCGGAGCCUGGAGCCGGUGUAUCAGCCCCCAGACCCCGCUGUAUGUUCUGUCCAUGGCGACCCGACCUGAGGAGAUGGAGCUGAACGGCCGCCUGGGAGAGAGGGAGCAUCUGGGAGACGACGAGGUUGUGCCUGUACGAGGCAGGAGGAACCUGAAUGUGAAUCAUUACGCCAAUAAGAAGAGUGCAGCGGAGAGCAUGCUGGAUAUCGCCCUGCUGAUGGCCAACGCUUCCCAGAUGAAAGCUGUAAUUGAUCAGGGACCUUCGUUCUCCUUCUACGUCCCACUCAUCGUUCUGAUCACGUUAUCCCUCUUUCUCCAGGUCAUAGUCGGAGUGCUCCUCAUCUUCAUUGUAAAAUAUGACCUGAAUAAUCCCGCCAAACACGCCAAACUGGACAACCUUGAAAAUGCCGCCACUGGCCUUGUGUUCAUCAUUGUGGUGAUCAACAUUUUUAUUACAGCAUUUGGAGUGCAGAAACCAUCGGAGGGACCUGUAAAAGUAUAGAACUAAAGAAAGAUAUUUAAGGACUAACAAGAGAAGAUUUAUCACCCAGAUAUACAAUACUAUAUACUGUAGAACAUAUUUGUAAUGAUGCUAUUGGUUACCAAGACAUUUCAUGACUUCCCAUUUAGCUACUUCCUUUGGAUGCAACAUUUGGAAUGAAUUCUGGAAACUUUUGAUGCUCCCUCUGGGCAAAUUUUAAGACAAGACACAUGGAAGUUAUUUCGUUUUUGCUGUCAAUUAAAUCUCUGACGUGUUGUAUCCCUCAGAGAAUACAGGAGUUAGCAGAGCAGAGAGCAAUACUGAUCCGCUGAUGUCUCCCUGGACCAGAACUGAGCACUUAGCAUGUAUGACUAUUCCACCGCUUCAUCAUCCUUUUUUUAUUCCACGAUAAUGGGCAUUUACAAGAUGAUGCAAACUGGAGAAAGACUAUGGAUCGCAUGCUGCACGACUCCGACAUAUUAUCCCAAGUGUAUCUAACGCCGUGGUGGUCAUGCUGGAUGGUCUCUCUAAGCUGAACUACCAAAAUAUCACACAAUCCCCCCUGUGACGCUGUCCACUGUACUGUAGCCAAGUACUAGUAUGAUGUAUAUACUCUAGUUUUUUUAAAAUAUAUUUUUAAAUAUUUUAGUUAAAUUAAGGAACAAAAUGAAAGAACAAGUUUGUACUGUUAUACCGAGCAUUAACUCGUUAAAUUUAAAGGGGUAUUCCAGUUAUUUCAAGUUAUCCCUUAUCCACAAGAUAGGGGAUAUCUAUUAGGUCAGUGGGGGGUCCUACUUUGGGACCCCAACAAUCAUGAGAACAGUGGCUCUGUACCUUGUGAGGACCCCUGAAAUUAAUGGAAUGGCAGGUCGAGAGUGUGCACUGUGGCUCCAUUCAGAUCUAUGGGUUUGCCGGAAAUAGCAGCGCGCUGUACUCGGUUAUCUCCUGCAGUCCUGUAGAGAUGAAUGGAGUGACAGUGCACAUGCUGAAGUUGGUGCUCCAUUCAUUUUGGGCAUCCCUGCAGGGUGUGUGGCCCUCAUGAUCAGUGGGGGUCCCAGCUGUCUGAUUUCCCCCACCAAUCUAAUAGUUAUCCAGUAUCCCCUGGAUAGGGGAUAUCUUAGAAUAGACGGAAUACCCCUUUUAAAGGGGUUAUCCCAUAAUAUCCUCAUAUCCUAUAGUACAUGACAGUCUCUUUCUAACAAAUUUAAAACCAGCCCUGUACCUCCCAUAGAUCCAGACAUCUCCCCCUUUGUUGCUCCAGUUGUUCUGCUAUAUUUAUUUCAAGCUGGCAGCUUAGGGGGCAUGCACUUUCUCGGGGGCAUGUCUUUCUACUGCAGUUGGUGGCAUGUGCAACUGAGCAUGUGCGUCCAUCUGAGUGAGCAGGACAGAGAAAUUAGAAAAAGAGCAAACAGCAGGU